UCGACGGCGGUCUUCACCUUCACUUGUUCAUAGCUAUUGUUUCCAAAUCUAUUCACACCAAAUUCAAGGUCCCUGUAGUUCAAGAAAGCACUUCUACGGUUCUUGGACACUCAUGGGGUCAUGAAUCUGAAACCUGAUUUCCGUUUGUGCAAGUCAUCUCUGCUUCGUACCUUGCUUCCCCUCCAACUCACCGAGUACUGAACUUUGAACUAGUUCCCGGCACGGUGUACGGAUUGAAAACCAACCCUAUUUUGCCUAUUUCAACCAUCUUCCCACAGCAACUCCAACCUUCCCUUGACAUCAACUGUCCGAUCAUCAAUGACAUUGUUGACAGCCAGGAUGUACUUCCUCAACAUGUUUCCAUAUCCACCACCGCUUAUGUGCCCGCCAACACCAACCGUGGGGCAAAUACGGGUCGGAAAGCCGUGGACUUUCCUCGUCUUCAAAAUCCAAUAGUACAAUUCUCCGAGCGUGGCGCCAGCCUGAACCCAAAUCGAAUUGUCUUCCAUGUAUAUAUUGACCGGACUAGUUAAACAUGUCAAGGAGUGAUUAGCGAGCCACGCAACCUCGAUAAUUAUAUUAUUAGUAGAACCCAAUAUUAUUGAACCCGUAUUGUUAAGGUUAUGUGGUUCGCUAAUCACUAGUAUUAUUAGUAGAAUCCAAUAAUAUUGAACUCGAACUGUUAGGGUUGUGUGGUUCGCUAAUCACUACUAAUAGUACAUUAGUCUUGCUAAUAAAAUUUUGCACUCGGAAGAAACUCUAGGGCUUGAGCCACCAUGUGUUGUAGUUAAUCAUGGGACACUUGUCGCAACCACAGUGCCGGCGGAGGGUGGGCAGAGUGAUUUGGGAAACAGAAGAUUGGGACUCAUUAAACCCACAGUUGAUUGCUGACCAAUCAGCAUGCCUGUGACGCAUCAAUUACUCAACGUAGAGGGGAACUUAGCAGUCCACUAGCACCGGGGUUUUCAAAUUUACACUUUGCCACCAUUUUCCUUCCUUCUUUCGCCCAAAAUUACAGAGAGAGAAAGCACAAGAAAAUUUUCUGUUUGUUUCUCGGGAAAAAAAUGGUGGCGCCCAAGUUAUCGUACGAGGAGUCUCGCCGGCAGCGAAUGGAGGAAAACAAAAAGAGAAUGGAAGCUCUCAAUCUGCCUAUGCUUGCUCAAGCUCUUAAGAAAACCCCAAAUUCCCCAAAACCCUCCCCUAUGAAGCGCGCGAAGGCCCGCACGGUGGAGAAGCAGCUCGUGGAGGUGAGGAGGUCCUCCCGGGUCGCAAAUCUUCCGACCCCGGUUUACAAAGAAGUGGCUGUGGUGGAUCGGGAGAUGAGGCCCAGAAGGUAUUCUACUAAUAGACAUAGGGAUUUGUCAAACCGGGUUUAUGCUUCCGAUGAAGCCAGAGAUGACGCCACUGCGAGAGCUGAGGCAUUUGAGUCCGAUUUGGGAUCCGAUUACCCGACCAUGGUGAAACCGAUGCUGCAAUCCCAUGUCACUGGUGGAUUCUGGCUGGGUCUUCCGAAAUAUUUCUGCAGUAAGAACCUCCCGAAGCGUGAUGAUAUUGUGAUUUUGAUAGAUGAAGAUGGGAACGAGUGCGAGGUUAUAUACUUGGCUGAGAAAAGAGGACUCAGUGGUGGAUGGAGAGGGUUUGCAAUUGAUCAUGAUUUGGUGGAUGGGGAUGCAUUGGUCUUUCAACUAAUUCGGCCUAAAACGCUCAAGGUGUACAUUUUAAGGGUGGAAAGAGCUGAAUAGGGCUACAAGCUUUAACUAUUCCAAUGUUGGUGGGUUUUUUGUGAUAGUUGUCGUCGAGGUAAAGUUCAAGUAUUGUUUCUCUCUUGCCUUUUCAGCUAUGCAUUGACAAAUGGAAGAACAGUAUAUCAUCUGAUUUCUACCGCUUCGUCGUCCUUUAAGACCGCUAGUGAUAUUUUCUACGGUUUGUUAAUGCACAUUUCAUACGUAGCCUCUUGACCAAGUCAUACAUUUACUCUUUUGCUUAUGGGUUCCCAAGUUCUUCAACAUAUCAAGCCCAACGUUUGUUCUGCUGCGAGAUUGAGAUAGGUAAAAAGGAUUUUGGACAGACCAUCCGUUAAGCGAUGAGCUUUAUUUGUUCCGAGAAAAUUACAUGUUUCGUGUAAUAGAAACUACCAAUGGAGCCUUGUAGGGUUAGCGGAUGAAGCAAUCAUCUGCAAUCAUAUUUUUGAAUGUUCUCUGGUGUCCCUUUAGACCUAUAUGAAAAACCCACAAGCAAAUAUGAAUGAA